ACCAUCUCCUGCGGAAUGGCUGGCCCGGGCUGUCCCGCUGCCUCGCCCUCGCGCCCCUGCCGCAGCCCGGGCUGACUGCCGGCGCGCGCUGGCCGCCUCCAUCGGGCUGACGCUGGGCAGUCAGGGCCGGGUGCUGCUGGCCCCGUGCACCGUCACCGACGUCGCCCUCAGCCCAGUCUCCCGCGAGUGCCCCUUCGAUCCCACCCGUGUCUAUAGCUCCACGCUGUCCCUCUGGGCCAUCUCCCUCCUGCUCCACUCGAUGGAAAUCAUCUUCGGCACCCACUGCCUCCUGCUCAUCAUCGACCUCCUCCACCUCGGCCGCUGCUGCCGUGGGCCACACCGGGGGAAGGUCUCCCUGCAGGCAGCCCCUGCGGACAGCCCCGACCCUGGGCAGUGCCUGGGCUUGCUGAGGCUGGACAGUGUGGAAACUGCCCAGCUCUGA